AUAGGAUAGGAUCGGAAGCGGGAAGAAGUUAGUAGCAGCGAUCCAUCCAAGACAAAGAGGCAGAGCGUGUGUGCUAGUAUACCGGAGCAAAUUAAAGCAAUGGAUAGGAUCGCGACCAACCAAACCAAGAGGGAGAAGCAGUGGUGAUGACGAGGCAGAGCGUGAUGGGGUCUCCGAGGCUUUGCCGUGAUACGUGCUGGCCUGCUGGGCACGGGGCGGUGCACGUGUAGCCCCUCGCCGGAGCUCACGUGUUCGUCUUGACUUGACCCACGCGGCCACGCAUCCAUCCUCUCCCGCUUCCGCCUGUUGUCUGUCGAUCACCUGCCUGCUACUGCUGCUGCUAGCCCACUACUGGAGGCUGCCUCUUGUCUCACUCUUGCCUCUUGCUCUUGGGGAAACGAGCCAGCAAGAUCAAACUUCCGGAUCAUCGUCGGCUCGUCGCCGCAUCGAGAUCGACCGCCGCUCCAGCUCACCUCAUCUCCUCUUUCAUGGUUAUCUUCUGCGCUGCGCCGCCGUGCGUUCAAAUUCAGAGAGAACCUAGCUAGCUUAGCUACUCGACAGAGGCGCCGCCAUGGCUCCAUAACUAGCAGCCAGAAAAAAGGAGGCAUGGUUGUGGCCUGGGGCUGCUGUUUCUUGCUCGCGGCUUGCGCACGCUCGCUCCGGCGGCUGCUCCAGCUCCCCGCGCUCCUCUUCUGCGAGGCCAUGGUAGGGGCGCUGAGCUUCCUCGCCUUCCCGCUCCGGAUGCUCACCGCCGUCGACAGAGAAAGAAAGUUGGGCGGGCUGAUUGGGGAGAUGCAGGCCCAGAUGGACGACCUGGUGUGGUUUAACAGGGAGCUGGAGCAGAAGCUGCAGGCCUCGCUCAGGGACCAGGAGGCCAUGGACGCGCUUCUUGACGAGAUGGAGGACCAGAACGAGGACGCAUUUGCCAGGAUCCAUGCCCUCGAGGCCCAGCUCAAGGCGCUGAGGCAGGAGAACAUGCGGCUGAACGAGCACAAGGGCAAGUCCAUGUGGGACAAGCCGCCGGCGCCAGUGCCUGAGAAGAAACCAACGAGGAGCCCGCGGGGAGAGGAAGAAGCCGUAGCGGCGGCGACACAGGAGGACGCCGCCGCCGCCGACCCCGCUUCUGUCCUGGCUCUGACGACCGCAGCAGCACCGGCCGCGGGCGACGAGCAGCAGGCGGCUCAAGUGGCCGCGCGUCGCCGGAGCCUGUUCAGCCUGGGCAUGUCGCUGGCGGUGGGCGCGGUGGCGUGGUCGGCGGACGCGCCGUGCCUGCCGCUGCUGGCGGGGCUCUUCGCCGUGGUGGGCGUGUCCAUGCGCACCGUGUCGCGGUGCUGCGCCGCGCUGCGCACGGGCGGGCCCGCCGCCGAAGCCGUGGCGCUGCUGGGCCUCAACUGGUUCCUCCUCGGCGUGCUCACCUCGCCCAUGCUGCCCGGCGUCGCGCACGCCGUCGUCCCGCGCGCCGGCCGCGUCCUCGGCCCCGCUCUCACGUGGCUCGCCGCGGCGGCGCCCGCCUGAUCGACGACGACCCAAGCAGGCAGAGCGACAGCAGCAUGCCAACAUGCCGUGCCGUGCCAUGGCGCCCGUUCUAUUAUUGUUGAGAUACUGGUUUCUUUCUGUACGCUGUGUGCCUCUCUACGUGUUACACGUACUAUACAACAGUGUGGUUUAUUAUCCGACUUCCCUUGCCGUUUUUACUCGGCGGCAUCAUGAACACGAAGCUAGCUGAACCGUAGUAACAUUUGUUCACGGUACAUUUCACAACUGAAUUUUUCUAACGGAGACUUGGUUCUCUGAAUUAGCAAACCACAACAAAGUGACUGAAAAUGAGUCAGACAAACGGGAGGGACUCUGCUACUGUAGGAAUAGCUGCCAUUUUCUCAUAUGAACAUGUAUCCGUAGCUUUUUGGUAAUAUGAUUAUACAUGCUUUGACAGAGUGACAUUCGCUGAAUCUUUACAAGAAAGGGUGAAAAA